AUGUCUACUAUAAAUUGGACAAUCGAGAAAAAAUUGUGUAGGUGUUGUCACGCAGAGGGAGAUUUUAAAAAUUUAGCUGAACCGUGUAUUGAGUCUGGAAACGAAGAAAUAUAUGUGGAUAUGAUUAAAGACUGCUUCUUAAUAAAUUUAGUGCCUGUACCUGGCCAGCUAUGUGCAGCGACUUAUACAAUCUGUGAAGCAUGUAUCACAAGCGUAAGCGAUGCAGCCAAGUUCAGAAAGCAAGUGGCCACAUGCGAGGAGAAGUUCAAGGAAUUCUGCAGUAGGAAUGCUAUCAUAGUUAAAGCUCCAACGAUAGAUGUAGCAAUCAAGGAAGAGACACCUGACUCAUGUCAUGAAGAUGAGUUUUCACUGGAAGAGAACGACAAUUUUGAUGACAUACCAGACUACGGAUUUGACGAGCAAGAAAUCAAAUCAGAUUCAGAUGAAACGGCAAAAAAGAAAUCUAAGAAAGCGCGAUCAAAACCCACAGAAGUGAACCCUAGUCAAAAGAGAAAAAAAGGCAGGCCCAAGAAGAUGAAAGAAGAGCCACAACCAGAAGAGGAAGAAGAAGCGGAGAAGAGAAAAGACCAACCGCGGCCGAAAUUCCACCUCAACGACGGGGACUAUACAGUAGAUGGCACAACAUUCGCGUGCACGAGGUGCGACAAGCGAUACGACAAAAUAUUCUCACUCAGAUACCACGUGAAGACUAAGCAUUACAAAAUACCACGAUACGUCUGUCAAUACUGCAUGAAGGAGUUCAUGACACCAGCGCCGCUCACAGUUCACAAGCUCGAAGAACAUAGUAUCGAUGAUAGGUUUAAGUACCAUCCGCGACAGAAAUUCUACCUCAGCCCAGAAGAUUAUAAGCAAAAGGAUGGAGAAACAUACGUGUGUGCACGUUGUGAGAGACAAUACGAUAGAAUAGAUACUCUUAGAGUUCACGUAAAAACCAAACAUUACAACAUGCCCCGACACACCUGCCCUUACUGCCAGAAGGGCUUCAAUACUCCAGCGCCCCUCACAGUCCAUAAGCUCCAAGAUCACAAUAUAGAUGACAGAUAUAAGUGUAACGCUUGCAAAGGAGUUUUUAACACUCAGGCUCAAUGGCGAAAACACAUACGGAAUUAUCACAUGCUCGAGUUAACCUCAGAAACCGCCUCUUACUACACAUUUGACCGAGCAGAAGACGGAUCCCACAACUACACAUGCACAUCGUGCCACAAAGUGUAUAAAUCAUUUGCAAGCGUCGUCCAACACUAUCGCCAUGUCCAUUUACGUUUACGACCAAAACUGAGAUCUUGCUACUUCUGCGAAAUCCGAGUCCCAGGUCAUCUAAGAGCAUUCCACCUGGAAAAAGAACACGGCAUACCAGCCCCAACGUGUGGAGCUUGUGGCAAAAAGUUUGCCUACCCAUUCCAAGUGUUGCGACACCAAAAAAAUGAUCACAUGGGCGAGAAAAUGUUCAACUGUGAGGUGUGUGGCAUGAAGUUUGCAUCACAAGGCAAUCUGUCACAACAUUUUAUAAAACACACGGCAAUUAGGAUCCAUAAGUAUUACCCUCGAGUCGAUGACUACGUUACGGAAGCGAGACCUGACCAAAAGUACACGUGCAAAGCCUGUGACUUCGCCUACAGAAGAGUAUCGGACCUACGAUACCAUAUUAAUAGAACACACCUCAAAAAAAAGUUUAUUAAAUGUAAGCUCUGCCCUGAAAGCUUCAUGUAUCACAGUCAGCGCAAACAACACAUGAGCAUCGUGCACAGCAUAAAAAAAUCAGAUAAUUUCUUAUGUGGCAACUGCAAUAGACAAUUCAAAAGAAAAAACACAUUGGCCGAACACAUGAUGGACGUCCAUAUUGAAAAGAAGUGUCAGCACUGUCAUUUGAAAUUCGUGCGAAAAAAAUAUCUAUUUCAUAUGAACGAGGCGCAUGAUAUUCCGAUGCCAACUUGUGGAAUCUGUGGUCUCAGGACUUUGAUGAAAAGUGCCUUGAUACGUCAUCAAAGGAACGUGCAUUUAAAUGAGAAGAGAAAAGAAUGUCAGAUUUGUAAGAAGAUGUUUCAUACUGAGUCAAAUUUGCGGGAUCAUAUGAUUACCCAUAAUCAAAACAGAGUUUUUAAGUGUGACGUAUGUCAGAAAGAUUUUGCUAGGAAGGAAUGUUUUCAAGCUCAUUAUAGGUUGCACACGGGUGAGAGGCCAUUUUUAUGUAGCAUUUGCGAAGCCUCUUUUGUUCAACGGGCUAGUUUAAGGUUCCAUCUCAAAAGUCGCCAUCACAGAGCUAAGAUGGCGGCUUGUAACUAUACUGUAAAGUGA